AUGUCAGACGGAUCUAUGUUCGCGAAACUACCCGAGUACAUACAGGAAGGGCUGAGAAAAGUGGCCACCGAACAGGGCUAUACGGAAGGAGUUUGUCAGUUCGAAUUUGAGGAGGCUUCCAAGCGAGGAGAUGGUUUUAUGGGUGACUUAUUCAAAGUGGUUAUUAGUGAAAAAGAUCACGAGGAGUUGAUUGUGGUUUGUAAAACUUUACCACAAAAUGAAGCACGUAAAAUGUACACUAUCAGUUUGUUUCAUCGAGAAGUGCAAGCUUAUAACGAAGUACUGCCAAUGUUGAAAAAAUUCCAAAUAGAAAAGGGAAUUUUGGAGGGCGACUUUCAAGGGUUUUGGAGUUUUCCGAAAAGUUAUUAUGCCUAUUGUGAUAUGAGUAAAAUGGAAGGAGUGAUUAUCAUGGAGGACUUACGAGAGAAAAAGUUUCGGAUGUGGACCAAGACCGAGCCAGUGGAUUAUCAACACACCCGUCUAGUUAUGGAAGAAUUGGGGAAACUGCAUGCCAUUUCCUUCGCGCUAAAAGAUCAGCAACCGGAACUAUUCGAACAAUUUAAACAACUUUGCGAUCCGCUAGGUCGUUUGAUUGAAAACGAACCAAGACAAACGAUGAAACAAAUGAUGAAUGGAAGUUGCGAACGUGCAAUAUCGACACUUGAUGAGGAUGACGAAUCGAGCAGAAUGAAGAUGCAACCGAUUAGGGGUGUUGCUACCGACUUGUAUAAAAGUGACACAAUGGCAAGCGAAGCUGAACCGUACGCUGUUCUGGGUCAUGGUGAUUGCUGGGUUAACAAUACUAUGUUUUGCUACGCAGAUGAUGAUUCAACUCCAACUGCGGUGAGCAUGUUUGAUUGGCAACUAUGUCGUUACGUGUCACCAGUACUGGAUUUGGUCUACUUCAUUUUCAUGUGCACGGAUGAAGAGCUACGUGCCCAACACUAUGAGGAACUAGUACUGGUCUACUACAAAUCGCUCAGCCAUCAUUUGAUGCGCUUGGGAGGGAAUCCUGAACGUCAGAUCCCACGAACAGCUUUCAAAGAGCAACUCAAGCGAUUCGGACGAUUUGCGCUGCUGAUUAGUUUUUUGGCACUACCCGUAAUAUGUACACCCAGUGACGAGCUUCCAGAUAUCGAAAAGCAUAUGGAAAUUGCGCAGAAGGCACCGGGCGAGGACACUGGCAGUGUGGAAGAAGCUAAAUUCAGUAGCACUCAGAAAGCGGAUGCCAUCUAUAGGAAGCGAGCGAGUGGUAUAAUUAGAGAUAUGGUCAAAUUUGAAUAUUUGUAA